GAAGGAACAACACGUGGACCCGCGCCUUGUUGACAGAUACUUGACAUGGCCUGUUAUCAGAGGCUGUAAGUGGCGAGCCUAAUGGAGGGGGAUGAUUUGCAACUAAAAUUAUGAAAGAGGACAGGAGUGAGUGGCGUUCGGCGUAGUGGUGGCGUUGGUGUCAGGAAAUCACCACGCUCCUCAGACACUCCUGCAGAAGAGGGCCACGUGCAGGAUCUCCCGUGAUUACAUUGGUGAUAUUCGUCAGGAAAGUUUUCACAAUGCUUCCAAAUGCGAAUAGUAAGGAGCAGGGAGAAAAGCAAAUGGAAGCUGUGGAGGUUGAAAUGAGCACUAGUAACAACAAAGGAGAUUUCGUUAAGGAGAACAAAGCUAUUUUCAAAACCUUCGCCUUUCUGGGACUCUUCGCCAUCAGGAGAGUGAAGGGCCAGUACGUGGUGAGCAAGGUGCGGUUCAUAAUCUUCUACCUGUGCUGGAUCUCCUACCCAUUGGGGGGCUUCUUCCUGGCUGGCAAGAGUGAGACAUGGGUGACCCGUUAUGGAGUGUCCUACAUGCAAGACACUUUCGCGGUCCUGGUACUUGCUGUGGUGCCCACCCUUCAAGCCUACUCCCUCAAGUUCAUGACGAAAAGCUUACCGGAGAUCCUGCAGAACAUAUCACAGCUCAGCAUGAUGGAAGUGGGCUUUGAAACACCCCUCAAGAUACGUAUGAAGUCCAGCAAAGUGACCAUCAACCCGGGCACCGAACCACUACAUCCGGAAAGACUCUUCAACUGGCUGCCUCGCGCUAUGGUCGUCUUCUCCAUAUUCAUAUUCUUCACCGUAUCCUCCACCGAGUACUUGAUGGGUGUGGACUUCGAGAGGAUGGACAAGGAGGUACCCACGCUGGUCGUUCUGCUCGUCUGCCUCACGUUUCCAUUCGUAAGCACCUUGUUUGUGGUCGUGCUAACCAGAUGGCUCGAGAUUGUUUACAAAGCACUGAACCGGUACUGCAAAGAGGUGAUGCCUGUUUCGGAUGUGGACAAGGUGCUCGCUGUCUGUAGUUAUGUGGACCGACUGCAGAAGAUAUUCGGGUUACUAGAUGUUGGAUUCUUCAGGUACAUUCUGUCUAUCAACGCGGCGUCGAUCACUGUCGGCGCGUCACUCUGCAUGGCGAGGCUGAUGCAGGAUUACACUCAGAUUGUCUACCUUGGCCCGCUGGUUUUCCACGGCUUCAUCCUGGCCUUGACGUGCGAGGGUGGGGAGAGGCUGGCGGCACAGCACGCAGGACUCGUGGCAUGGCUCAAAAAGGAGAUAAGACGCCACAAGCUCCCUGCAGUUCCCUCCUCGCCGCCGCCGUCGUUGUCUUCGUCAUCGUUCUCCUCCACCUCAAACCUCCUCCACCUCCUGGAUGGUCUGCUGGAGUACCCGCCUCAGAUCAUGACCCUGGGGAACUACAAGGUAAACAGGGGCUUCUUGAUCACCUCCAUCGGCUUCGUCCUCUCUUACGGAGCCGUCGCCAGCCAAAUUGGCGACUAUGCAGACUGGGAGGAUUUCCGAGACGUCUUCAGUGCCAUCCUGUCUCACCGGAAGUGCAUUAAUCAGUGUCUCAGUUCGUGAUUUUCUUAGAAAACGUAGAUCUUUCAAUGUGAGUGAUUUGCAAGAGUAUCUCCUUUAAUUCUGUGCUGGAGUUCCGUUUUCUUUCUUUACCAGUGCUUAGCUGAUUGCCUGGUUGAAGUGCUCAGGUAUUAGUAGUUGCUAAUUGCUAAGGUGUUGUAAGUGAGGGGGUGAAGGUGUGAUAUGUAUUAUAUUCGUGUAGUUUCAUAAUAGUAUUAUACUUAUUAUUGUUAUUAUUACUAUGUCUGUUAUUUAUGUGCCGUUUACAUAUCAAUGAGUAAUAUCUAAUGGCAGAGAGAGAGAGAGAGAGAGAGAGAGAGAGAGAGAGAGAGAGAGAGAGAGAGAGAUUCUUUCCUCCUUCCUUCCCUCAUUCCACACGUCAGUCCAUCUCCUACAGCGCCCUCGUCAGCUACACACACACACACACACACACACACACACACACACACACACACACACACACACACUCAUUCACCACCACUAUCACUACCACAAUCACCACACUACUACCACCCACUCCCGUUUUCUUCUUCAGUAUACAAAUAAGGUGUGGACUGGACUUGGGUUAGGUUUCCCAGUCUGACAGAGAGAGAGAGAGAGAGAGAGAGAGAGAGAGAGGG